ACGUGACAAGGGAAUUAAGUUCAGCCCGAUCAAAACACCCCUCAGUUUUCUACCGGUGCGAGUGCGCCGGUGAGACACGCGUCACUAGAGGCGCAGCUUACGAGCUGCGGAGACGCACACGCGUGCACCACCUAGCUCCGAGAAGAAGCGUCGCGAAGCCGUGCUGUUGUUAUGUACUUCAUUUAAGUAUAGCCGCCGCGUCGCAGCGGUCUGACUCUGACCUUGCACUGCCCACUCCCCAACUCCGCGGCGCGACACCGUACACCCAUUGAGACCCGCUCGCCGACCCAUGGACCAGAUGCAGCCGCACGCCGAGCCCGGCCACGGCGGCGACGCGCCGGCGAGCGCCCAAGCUCAGCAGGCCGGUCCAGACAAGAACCGGCAGCAGGAUCAGCAGCCUUCGUCUCUGAACCCGACGGCGGCGAGGCUGCUCCGCGAGGCCAUCGUCUCCCAGCCGGACGGUGACAAGCCGGCGGCCGCGACGGGCUCCUCGGACAUCCUGGCCUUCGCGCGCUCCGUCGACCGCGUCGAUUCGCCCCUCGAGUGACCCUGUUGGUUCUUCUUGUGCUAUCAGCUCACUUGUUUUUGUUUCCUUUUUCUUUCUUUUUUCCCAUCCUGUAUAUGUACCGCAAUAAAAGGUCAACUCCCUUUUUGUUUCCUUCA